AUGGCCAAUCCUACAGUUCUCACCUUUGACGCUGAGGGCCGUCCGAUUAAGUUUGACGUUUGGCUCGAUGACCUGCACCUGUUCCUCCAGAUCACUGCCAAGGACGAUGUUUCUUUGUUUGACCACACGUCCGGCGCUGCUCCCGCACCUGCUGAUACUGCUGACAGCACUGUUCGCUCACAUUGGCAGACCCAUGACGCUCAUGCUCGCCUCGCCGUUCGCAGCCACCUGCCGUUAGAUGAGCGCGAGCACUUUGGCCAGCAUAAGACCGCUAAGGAGCUGUACGAUGCUGUAGUUGCACGCUACUCCUCCCCUGCUACUGCUGCGAUAGGCCGUCUCUCGCUGCCCUACCUCUUCCCCGAUCUGUCUGCCUUUGCCACUGUAGCUGACCUCAUCACUCACCUCCGUACUAGGACCACUUUCUCGCCCUCUCCCCCCACCGACCUCACUGUCGACCUGCUCGAGAAGGAACUCCUAGCAGCUGAGAAGAGCAUUGUAGCUGUAGGUGCCUCUCGUGGCGACCCUCGCGCUCCCUUCUUUGAGGGGUGCUCCCCCGUCCCCCUCCUUCCCUCCAUUGCAUCUGCUGCUGCUGUCGACUACCUCGGUGCUGAGGGGGUCGGGGCUGCGUCUGCUCCUAGUGGGAGGCGCAAGGGCGGCAGGGGCAAGGGGGGCAGGGGGGGUGGAGGUGGCGGAGGGGGCGGCGGUGGUGGAGGGGGUGGAGGGGGCGGGGGUGGUGGCGGUGGUGGGAGUGGUGCUGGUGGUGGGGGGGUCAGUGGCGGAGCAGGGGGUGGUGGCGGCGGCGGUGGUGGGGGUGGUGGGGGUGGUGGUGGCAGUGGUGGCGGCAGUGGAGUUGGUGGCGGGCGCGGUGGAGCGGUGCAGCGUGGGGGGUUCGGCGGUGGCCAGAGGCAGCAGCAGCAGCGUCCCAGCGAGACUCCGUCGCCCCAGCAGCUCCGUGAGUGGUACUCUCAGCGUUGGGGGUCUGGGGGUGGAGGUACCUGCCCGUACGUCAUCCGCACAGGUGACCACACUGGCCAGACCUGUGGGAGGUUCCACACGGCGUUGCGCUGCUUCUUUCGUCUCGACGACGCCUGGCGAGAGCAGUUUCCUGACGCCUCUGAGCUGCCCCGCUGGGCUGAUCUGCUUAAAAAGAGCAUUGAUAUCUUUGCUCUUGAUUAUGAUGCUAUCCUUGGUGCCAUGUAUGCAUUGACUAUUAGUGUUGAGGGUGACUGUUACCUGAGUGUACCGCCCGACCCGGGUAUUGGGACCAGUGAGACUGCUGCUCUUGGUGCUAGUGCGUCUGCUGCCCUAGGUCCUGGUGAGGCUGCUGCCCUAGGUGCUAGUGAGUCUGCUGCUCCAGGUGCUCGUGCGUCUGCGCUUGCUGGUACUGCGUCUACUGAGGCACUGCACACUUUCACACUGGACUCGGGUGCUUCCCGCUGUUCCUUUCGUGACCGCACUGUCCUUGAGAAGCUAGCUCGGCCAGUUGCUGUCUCCCUCGCUGACCCCUCUGGGGGCCCGGUCCUUGCGACCUCCUCCACUGUCCUCCCUUGUCCUGCGGUCCCGUCCGGCACCCUGUCGGGUCUUUACCUCCCCUCGUUCUCUACGAACUUGGUGGCGGGCUCUGCUCUCCAGGACGGGGGUGUUCACAAGUUCACCCCUGCCUAUGAGCGUGUGACCAACUGUACGUGUGCUCGGACGGGUCGCCACCUAGCUACCUUCACUCGGCAGCCGGGGUCGGACCUGUACACACUGACCACUGAGUCCCCUCAGGUAGCUGCGUCUGCGUCAGAUCAGCUGUCGGCCCCCUGCUCGUGUCGCUCCCUGUCGCACCAGACAGUCCUCUGGCACCACCGUCUUGGUCACCCGUCAGUGCAGCGCCUUCGUGGCAUGCACUCCCGGUACCUUGUCUCUGGUCUUCCCAGGGUUCUCCCUCCCCUCCCACCCUCGCCUGCUCCUCCCUGUCUUCCCUGUGUCGAGGGGCGACAGCGCGCCACUCCUCACUCCUCCUCGUUCCCUCCCACAGAGGCUCCCCUGCAGACUCUCCACCUGGACGUGUGGGGCCCAGCCCGCGUCCGUGGACAGGGCCACGAGCGGUACUUCCUGCUGGUCGUCGACGACUACACGCGCUACACCACGGUCUUCCCCUUGCGCACCAAGGGUGAGGUCCCUUAUGUUUUGAUCCCUUGGACCCGCGCUGCUCGUCUCCAGCUCCGCGAGCGGUUCCAGUUGGACUUUCCCGUCCUGCGUCUGCACUCUGACAGGGGUGGUGAGUUUUCUUCCGACCUCUUGGCAGCCUACUGUGCGGAGCACGGCAUCCGCCAAACGUUCACGCUUCCGGCCUCUCCACAGCAGAAUGGGGUUGCUGAGCGUCGCAUUGGCUUAGUCAUGGAGGUCGCUCAUACCUCCAUGAUCCAUGCGGCUGCCCCCCAUUUCCUGUGGCCGUUUGCAGUCCAGUACGUUGCGCAUCAGCUCAACCUCUGGCCCCGUGUCUCUGCUCCGGAGACCUCGCCCACACUGCGUUGGACGGGGGAGGUUGGCGAUGCGUCGGUGUUCCGGGUCUGGGGAUGUCGAGCCUUUGUUCGCGAUACGUCCGCGGACAAGCUCUCCUCCCGUGCCGUUCCUUGUGUCUUCCUUGGCUUUGUCCCUGACGCGCCUGGCUGGCAGUUUUACCACCCCACCUCGCGCCGUGUCUUCUCCUCUCAGGACGUCACUUUUGACGAGUCGACCCCCUCCCUCCCCAGGGUCCUGCUCCCUCAGGUGUUUCCCAGGUAG